AUGGUGACAAAAUUCUACCAGCACGCCCUGGCCAUGACCUUUGCCAUCAGGGAGAUCAACAAGAAUCCCAAGAUUUUGCCCAACAUUACCCUUGGCUUCCACAUCGUUGACAGCUACUAUGAAUCCAGAAUGACUUAUCGAACCACUCUAGACCUGCUCUUCAAGACGCAAAGAUUUCUUCCCAAUUAUGAAUGUGAUGGAGAGAAAAAUCUCCAAGCAGUCAUUGGGGGACUGGGCUCUGACACCUCCUUUCUCAUGGCUGACAUCUUAGGGCUCUACAAAAUCCCUCAGUUCACCUAUGGCUCUUUGGAUCCGGAGGUGAUUCAUACAUCUCAGCACCCUUACUUCUACCAUAUGGUCCCUAGUGAAGACUAUCAAUACAUGGGGAUUAUCCGGUUGCUUCAGCAUUUUAGAUGGAUAUGGGUUGGGCUGAUCGUUGCAGAUAAUGAGAGUGGGGAACAUUUUGUGCGAGCCAUGGAGCCAUGGCUUUCUGAAAACGGGAUCUGUUCAGCCUUUGUCCAAAGACUGCCACGGCAACCUUAUUUCGAUGACCUGGAUGAAACAAUUCUGACAGUCUCUCGUAAGGUGUAUGAAAUUUUAGCCAAUCAAAAAGCCCGUGUGUGUAUCAUCUAUGGAGAAAUCUCGACAAUUGCUUGGCUAAGAAUAAUUACAUUUCUGCGAGAUCCGGAAAAUAAAGGGUACUGGAUGUAUAGAAAAGUGUGGAUCACGACAACCCAGAUUGAUUUCAUGUUAACAGGAUCACUAAAGCUUUGGGACCUUCAGAUGUUUGAAGGUGCCAUCACCUUUACUAUUCACAGAAAUGAGCUUGUAGAAUUUGGAGGGUUUAUUCAGCUCAUCAAACCGGGCUGGAACCAAAGAGAUGGUUUCCUAAAAGAUUUCUGGGAGCAAGCCUUUGAUUGUGUCUUCGGAGAAAUGGUUCCUGACAAUGAAAAAUGUACUGGAGAAGAGACUUUGGCAAGUCUCCCUGUGCCUGUUUUUGACAUUCACUUGACCGGACACAGCUCUAGUAUCUACAAUGCCGUCUAUGCCCUGGCUCAUGCUUUGCAUGCCAUCUACUCAUCUAGGCUGGAGCACAGAACCACGGUAGAGCAUCCAGAAUGUGAACUUCAGAAUCUUCAGCCUUGGCAGCUUCACCCAUUCCUGCAAAGGUUGUCAUUUAACAACUCAGAAGGAGAAACUGUGUCCUUUAAUGAGAAAAGGGAAAUAAGUGGUGGAUUUGACAUCAUGAACGUGGUCAUAUUCCCCAACAAUUCUUUCCAUCAAGUGAAAAUCGGAAGGGUGGUUCCCGGCGCUCUUGAAGGAGAAGAAGUCGUGAUCGAUUGGGACAGCAUAGUAUGGCACCGAGGGUUUAACCAGAGAUCUCUUUGUGAUGACCCUUCUCAACUGUGUUCUUUUUAUGAACAGGUGGUUCCCAUUUCAGUUUGCAACGAGUACUGCCAUCCUGGCUUUCAGAAGAAAAGUAAGGAAGGAGAAAAGUUUUGUUGUUAUGAUUGUGCUCUAUGCCCAGCAGGAAGGAUUUCAAACCAGACAGAUAUGGACGAGUGUCUCAAAUGUCCAGAAGACCAGUAUCCAAAUGAGAACAAAACUAGAUGCCUGCCCAAACUUGUCAUAUUUUUGUCUUAUGAGGAGCCUUUAGGGUUGAGUUUAGCCUUGGUUGCUCUUUCUUUUUCCCUGAUCACAGCCUGGAUCUUAGGACUUCUCAUGAAGCACAAAGACACCCCCAUUGUCAAAGCCAACAAUCGGGACCUCACCUACACUCUCGUCAUCUCUCUCCUCCUCUGCUUCCUCUCUUCUUUGCUCUUUCUUGGACGACCUGGAAAGUUGAGCUGCCUCCUCCAACAGCCGGCCUUUGGCAUCAUCUUUUCAGUAGCUGUUUCUUGUGUCUUGGCCAAAACCAUCACCGUGGUCGUGGCUUUCAUGGCCACCAAACCAGGAUCCAACAUGAAGAAAUGGCUGGGAAGAAGGACAGCAAACUACAUUGUGCUCUCCUGCUCUUUAGGUCAAGCAGGAAUUUGUAUCGUGUGGUUAGGAAUGUCUCCCCCGUUCCCAGAUUUUUACAUGCAAUCUUUGACAGAAGAGAUUGUUGCAGAAUGUAAUGGAGGCUCUGUUCUUAUGUUUUAUCUUGUCCUAGGCUACAUGGGAUUUUUGUCCUUCAUCUGCUUCACACUGGCUUUCCAAGCCAGGAAGCUGCCAGACAGUUUUAAUGAGGCCAAGCUCAUCACCUUCAGCAUGGUGGUCUUUUGCAGUGUUUGGGUGUCCUUUGUUCCCACCUAUUUGAGCACCAAGGGGAAGUCCAUGGUGGCUGUGGAGAUCUUCUCUAUCUUAGCUUCCAGCGUUGGCCUCUUGAUUUGCAUCUUUGCUCCCAAGAUUUACAUUCUUCUCUUGAGGCCUGAGUUGAACACCAAAGAACAUCUGACAAGAGGGAAAAGGAGUAAAAUGAAAUGA